AUGCGUAGCCAACGUCUGAGACCCGAAGAGGAAGAUGGAGCUAUCCCGGCAGCGUAUGGCUCUGUGACCUGUGCCUGGCAGGAUGAGAGUCCCCUGGAGCAGGAGGGAGACAAGGAGCCUGUCCAGGGAAAAAUUUUGCUCAGGUCCAGUGCCACACGUUUCCGCUGGAGUCAGUGCUACUACACAGCCCAAGACGAAUGGGCCUUAGACAACAUCUACAUCGGGCAGCAGUGUCCCAACAUGUGCAGUGGGCACGGCUGGUGCGACCAUGGAGUUUGCAGGUGUGACUCAGGGUUUCGAGGUACUGAAUGUCAGCCUGAAAAUGCCCUUCCUUCGACUGUCAUGUCUGAUUUUGAGAACUCAGACAGCCUAAAGACAGAGUGGCAGGAAAUUAUUGGGGGAGAGAUUGUCAAGCCUGAAGAAGGCUGUGGAGUCAUCUCAUCUGGCUCCUCGCUCUACUUCAACAAGGCUGGAAAAAGACAGUUGGUAAGCUGGGAUUUGGACACAACCUGGGUGGAUUUUGUCCAGUUUUACAUCCAGAUAGGAGGAGACAGUUCUUCAUGCAAUAAACCAGACAGCAGAGAAGAAGGUGUGCUGCUGCAGUACAGCAAUAACGGUGGUAUCAACUGGCAGCUACUAGCAGAAAUGUAUUUUUCUGACUUCAGCAAACCAAGGUUUGUCUAUCUGGAGCUGCCCGCUGCAGCCAAGACACCUUGCACCAGGUUUCGCUGGUGGCAGCCCGUGUUUUCUGGGGAAGGGUAUGACCAGUGGGCCAUUGAUGACAUCAUCAUUUUGUCAGAGAAGCAGAAGCACAUCAUUCCUGUUGUUAAUCCCACUUUACCACAGAACUUUUAUGAGAAACCAGCAUUUGACUACCCUAUGAACCAGUUGAGUGUAUGGUUAAUGUUGGCCAAUGAAGGGAUGACGAAAAAUGAAAGUUUCUGCUCUGCCACCCCCUCCGCCAUGCUCUUUGGUAAAUCAGAUGGAGAUCGGUUUGCAGUGACUCGUGAUUUAACUCUGAAGCCUGGAUACGUCCUGCAGUUCAAGCUGAACAUUGGUUGCACCAACCAGUACAGCAGCUCUGCUCCCAUUCUGCUCCAGUACUCACAUGACGCUGGGCUGUUCUGGUCACUCGUGAAGGAGGGCUGCUACCCAGCAUCUCCAGGCAUGAAAGGGUGCGAGGGAAGCUCCCGGGAGCUCAGCGAGCCAACUGUGUACCACACGGGUGACUUUGAGGACUGGACAAGAAUUACUAUUGUUAUCCCCAGGUCGCUUGCAGCCAGUAAGACUCGAUUCCGCUGGAUCCAGGAGAGCAGCUCCCACAAGAGCGUGCCUCCCUUCGGCUUAGAUGGCGUUUACAUUUCUGAGCCUUGCCCCAACUACUGCAGCGGCCACGGGGACUGUGUCUCGGGGGUCUGUUUCUGCGACCUGGGUUACACAGCAUCGCAUGGAACCUGUGUGUCUAAUGUGCCUAAUCACAGUGAGAUGUUCGACAGGUUUGAGAGGAAGCUAAGCCCUCUCUGGUACAAGAUUACAGGAGGUCAGGUUGGGACAGGCUGUGGCGUGCUCAGCGAUGGAAAAUCUCUGUACUUCAAUGGACCUGGCAAAAGGGAGGCAAGGACUGUUCCUCUGGACACCACAAAUAUCAGGCUAGUUCAAUUUUACGUGCAGAUUGGAAGUAAGGCUGUUGGCAACUCCUGCAACAGACCAAGGGCCAGGAAUGAAGGACUUGUUGUUCAAUACACAAACGACAACGGGAUCACCUGGCAUUUGCUGCGAGAGCUGGACUUCAUGUCAUACCUGGAACCUCAGGUUGUUUCAAUAGACUUACCUCGGGAGGCCAAAACCCCAGCCACUGCCUUCCGCUGGUGGCAGCCACAGCACGGGAAGCAUUCAGCUCAGUGGGCUUUGGAUGAUGUCCUAAUAGGGAUGAAUGACAGCUCUCAGACUGGCUUCCAGGAUAAAUUUGAUGGAACUGUGGAUUUACAAGCAAGCUGGUACAGAAUACAAGGAGGUCAAGUAGACAUUGACUGCCUGUCUAUGGAUACAGCUCUGAUGUUCAGUGAAAACAUUGGAAAACCUCGUUAUGCUGAGACUUGGGAUUUCCAUGUAUCAGCCUCCACUUUCUUGCAGUUUGAGCUGAGCAUGGGUUGCAGCAAGCCAUACAGCAAUUCCCACAGCAUUCACCUGCAGUAUUCUUUAAACAACGGGAGAGACUGGCAUCUGGUGACAGAGGAGUGCGUCCCUCCUACCAUCGGCUGUCAGCACUAUACCGAGAGCUCCAUCUACACUUCUGAAAGAUUCCAAAACUGGAAGAGAAUUACGGUCUACCUCCCACCCUCAACCAACUCUCCCAGAACACGGUUCAGAUGGAUUCAGUACAACUAUGCUUCUGGUGUUGAUUCUUGGGCUAUUGAUAAUGUGGUCCUGUCUACAGGAUGCCCCUGGAUGUGCUCAGGCCACGGCAUCUGUGAUGCAGGUCGUUGUGUGUGUGACAGAGGCUUUGGUGGUCCAUACUGUGUCCCUGUCAUUCCUCUACCGUCUGUCCUGAAGGAUGAUUUCAAUGGCAACUUGCAUCCAGACCUUUGGCCUGAGGUCUACGGUGCUGAGAGGGGAAACCUGAAUGGUGACACCAUCAAGUCUGGAACAGCUCUCAUUUUUAAAGGGGAAGGACUAAGAAUGCUUGUUUCAAGAGAUCUAGAUUGCACUAAUACCAUGUACAUCCAGUUUUCAUUUAAAUUUAUUGCCAAAGGCACCCCUGAGAGGUCUCAUUCCAUCCUGCUGCAAUAUUCUGUCAAUGGUGGCAUCGCUUGGUACUUAAUAGAUGAGUUUUACUUCACGCAGACUACAGAUGUCCUCUUUAUUAACGUUCCUCUACCCUAUGCAGCCCAAAGCAAUGCAACACGGUUCAGGCUGUGGCAACCUUACAACAACGGGAAAAAGGAAGAAAUCUGGAUUAUUGAUGACUUUAUUAUUGAUGGAAAUAACCUGAAGAAUCCUGUGAUCCUUUUGGAUACAUUUGACUUUGGUCCCAAAGAGGACAACUGGUUUUUCUAUCCUGGUGGAAACAUUGGGCUCUAUUGCCCGUAUUCAUCUAAAGGAGCUCCGGAAGAAGAUUCAGCUAUGGUAUUUGUUUCAAAUGAAGUUGGAGAACACUCUAUUACAACAAGGGACCUGACUGUAAAUGAAAAUACUAUAAUCCAGUUCGAGAUCAAUAUCGGCUGCACCACUGACAGCUCCUCUGCCGACCCGGUAAAGCUGGAGUUCUCACGAGAUCUGGGGGCAACCUGGCACCUGCUGCUCCCCUUGUGCUACAGCAGCAGCAGCCACCUCAGCUCCCUGUGCUCCACCGAGCAUCACCCAAGCAGCACUUACUAUGCAGGCACCACCCAGGGCUGGAGAAGGGAGGUCAUUCACUUUGGAAAACUGCACCUCUGUGGGUUGGCAAGGUUCAGAUGGUACCAAGGAUUUUACCCUACUGGAUCCCAGCCAGUGACUUGGGCCAUCGACAAUGUGUACAUCGGCCCCCAGUGCGAAGAGAUGUGCAACGGCCAUGGCAGCUGCGUCAACGGCACAAAGUGCAUCUGUGACCCUGGGUACUCUGGGCCAACCUGCAAAAUAAGUACUAAGAACUCUGACUUCCUUAAGGAUGAUUUUGAAG